UUGUCUUGUGAGCGUCUCGUGAUUACUGUGGAUAGUGGGAUAGGUACUAUUUUAUAUUUACGAUACAUUGGUUUACUUUUAAACGAACUCUCCUAAUGAGAGGAUUUACUUUUACCUUGACUGAAAUAACAUAAAUAUUUUGUGGCGACUUGCUCAUGACCUGACCCAAAGGAAACUUGUGACAUUUAAAUGAUAUUACUUCAAGAAUUUUCGUACAUCAUUUCGAAAUAAUUAUAAUGCCUGAAUUAACAAAUAUGGGUUUGCAACUGCGUUGGGGUGUAGCUGGGGUCGGAAUGAUCACCCACGACUUCUUAACGGCAAUGGCUUCCAUGCCCCCCGAGCAACACCGAGUCGUAGCCAUCGCUGGCAAAGACCUAGAUCGUGUCCACAGAUUGGCCACGCUCCAUAAAAUCGCAACGGCGUACGAAGGCUACGAAUCGUUAGCGCACGACACCUCAGUAGAUAUUGUAUUCGUCAGCGUACUUAAUUUGCAACAUUACGAGAUAACUAAGUUAAUGCUAGAGAAUGGUAAGCACGUUUUGUGUGAGAAGCCGAUGGGGAUGAGCUACAAGCAGACGAAGUCUCUUGUGGAAGUGGCGCGCGAAAAGAAGCUAUUUCUUCUUGAAGGGAUGUGGUCGCGGUUCUUUCCUGCUUACGACGCUUUGGAUAAACAUAUAUCCGCUGGUGGGCUUGGGGACAUAUAUCAUAUAAAUAUACAGUUUGGGGUGGAAAUAAGUGACUUAGAACGAAACUUGAUGAAAGAUUUAGGUGGCGGUGCUGUGUUGGAUUUAGGUGUUUACAUGCUACAGUUCCUUCAGUUCAUAUAUAAAGAACCGCCUACCGACAUCAUGUGUACUGGGCACAUAAGUAAGGCUGGUGUAGACGAGUCAGUGUCUUGUGCACUAAAGUAUACGGAUGGCAGGACGGCAACUAUCGCGGCUCAGACGAGAGCCACGUUGACGAACAGAGCCGAGAUAACGGGGACUAAAGGGACGAUAGCGAUGGAUUUCUUUUGGUGUCCUACGGUAUUGCACAUAUCAGCGGCUAAUAGUACAGAAUGGACGUUACCAAAGGGCAAAUUUAAAUUCCACUUUCACAACAGUGCGGGACUGAGCUACCAAAUUCAGGAGUGCUGGGAUUGUAUUAAUAAAGGCUUACUAGAGAGUCCAAAAAUGAGCCUUGACGAGAGCAUCUUGUUAGCUAAACUGAUGGACACUAUGAGAGCUCAAAUCGGAGUAAUUGAUUCUGCACUCUAAGCCAUAGUUUUAGGACACAAAUUGCCUUAUGCCAGUAACUUAGACAAUAAGUGACACUCGCACAGUCACGCCUUAAAAAUAUCGGCCGCUAUUCGACUGUAUAUCUACGCAAAUUAAAGUAUUAAUUAUACGUAAAUAUGUACGAGCCCGGGGCUAUGUACUAGUUCAGUAUUUACCUCAAGAAACUGUGAUUUUAAAUGUGUUAUGAGACCACGUUGUAAAUUAUAUUUACAAAUAUUAUACGCUAUUUAUUGAUA